CGGCGGUGCCGGACAGGGGUCGAGCUCGGACCUGGCCACGGCUGCACCUGACUACCACGCUAGAAUCCGGUGGUUCGGAUCCAUUUACACUACCUAUCGAUCGUUAGCUUUGGCAGCCAAGAGGACGGGCAUUUGGAAUGGGGGAAGAGACAACGAUCGUGCGUGCACGACGCCAUAAUCAUCAGCCAACACCAAAGACGCGGGUCGACGUCGCCACACAAGAGCCUUGCGACUCACGUGUCCCGAGAACUCGGGAUGGGCUGGGGAUGGCCUGGUUGCUGGGAUGGACGUGCAGCGUACCGUAGCCUGUGCUUUUCUUGUGUUCAUGGCAGCCCCAUGCGAGCCAAACAGCGGACGAACUUCAGGUCUGAGUCAAGACCACCUGAUGAACAUCGUGUGAGUUCCCGGCCCAGGCUGUGUCAGCGAGUCUUCAGCAGAAAUCUUGGAGGUGAUUUUAUUCCUUGGGAGUAUCCACAAGGGGUAGCAAGGGUGUUUAAUGAUACGUUCUCCGCAGUGGAGAGAGACUCUGGAAGUUCGUGGUUUGCUGGAGAGAAAAAUCCUUCCGAGCGGAGACCGACACCGUGCCCGCGUCCGGAGACCCCGUGGAGUGACAGAGUUUGCGGUGCGGUGACAAUCUGUCGGUCUAUUCGUACCGGUCUGGCGGUUUGUAAGCUUGUUCGUAUCUGUAGUUCAAGUUUCGAGACGAACGGUGCGUCAGAGAUCAGGCGGCCGGCGAAAACGCGGUCGUUUUACCAGUUUCCCAUGGGGAAGAACAAAGAGGAGCUCUGGAGAGAAGCACGAGGGCGGUGGGCUGGGGAAAAAGAAUCGAGACCAAGCCCAAACUCGGCCGAAAGCCGAGGCGAUUGAAGCACUGAAGCAGGCAAGGCAAGGCGAUGCGCCAGUGUUAACA